GGCACUUGUUUUGAUAAAUCAAACGAGUAUUUUGUAUCGAUUUAGGGUUAGGUUUUGAUGUAAAUUAAGUUUGAUUAGAGAAAUGGUCAAUUGAGUGUAAAUUAAGGUGGAUUUUUUUUUUAAUUUUUGGGGGUUAGGGUUAGUGAUAAGAUGACAGAUUUUCAACAGCAGCUUCCACAUAAGCCUGAGAGUAUUCCUGAUGCCUGUUUGGGUUUUGAGAGAGGCGGUUCGGAUUUCGGGAGGGGAUUUGAAGAGUUAAUGAGGGGGGAGUUGGAUGAUUGUAUGUCAUUUGCGUCGUGUGGCUCUCUGCGAAACGCGGAAGAUGAUGACGACGGUGACAGUGGUGAUCGGAUUAUGAGAAGGCGGUGGGCGGAUAUGAAAGGUGCUGAUCUGGCGGAAUCUUCGAUUGCGAGAAGAUGCAACUCUCGGAUUUUGAGUACGUGGGCUGCUAGGCAAGCGCAAGAAAUGAUCUCCACGAUAGAAAGGAGAAAUCGCGAGUCUGAGUUAAGGAGGCAGGGGAAUGUUGAGAGACCAAGCACGCGUGCAUCAUCGAUUUUGCAGAUGUGGAGGGAAUUAGAAGAAGAACAUGUGUUAGAUCGAGCCAGUGAAAGGGUGAGAGUAAGACUCAGCCCAGAUAGAAGUUUGGAUUCAAGCACCACCGAAGGUAGAGGGAGUGAACAUCAAAGUAGCUUGGAGGAUGUAAACGGAAGUGAAAACGACUAUGGAUCCUGGUCACAUGAUCUAAUGGAACCACAGAGCGAGGGCCAAGAUCAAGAUCAAGACAAUGCCGGCUCGAGCCGUGAGCAAACUCCUGAUAUAGGUGAGGUCGAACGCGAAAGGGUUAGGCACAUUGUACAGGGAUGGAGGGAGACAGGUGUUACCGAUCCUGCACCUGAUGUUGCACCGAGAAGUAAUAGUCCAAGAGCGGAGUGGCUUGGGGAAACUGAGCGCGAAAGAGUGAGGAAUGUGAGGGAAUGGGUACAAAUGACAAGUCAGCAGAGGGGUACACGUGGCGGUCGUGAACAAAAUCAAGAAAGGGCAGGUGGUCAACCAGAGCGUAUUAGAAGGGAUAUAUGUAGGUUGCGUGGUAGACAAGCUCUAAUUGACCUACUUUUGAGGGCUGAAAGUGAACGACAGAGGGAACUUCAGGGUUUGACAGAAUAUCGGGCUGUUUCUGAUUUUGCACAUCGUAAUCGUAUUCAGUCAUUAUUGAGAGGCAGAUUCUUACGAAAUGUAAGACCUGUAGAGGAAGAAACGCCUUCUUCAGUUGCAGCAAGUGAACUGGUUCAAUUGAGACAACGUCACACUGUUUCUGGUUUAAGGGGAGGGUUCCGGUCCAGAUCAGAAAACAUAGUUCAUGGUCAAGAGAUCGAACAUGAAAACCAAGAUCAGUCACAACUGUGGGGCCAGGAAACCAACAUUCAUCACAUAACAGAUCAGUUGGAUACCGUUGCAUCUGUUCAAAACACAAAUCAACAAGAAAACAUUGAUGACGAUGAGAGAGAAGAGUGGCAGCAGGAAAGCAGCAACUAUACUGAGUUUAAUUUAUGGCCCCAAGAAACUUCAGAAACUGAUGGUGAUGGUGCACAUAUGCAUGGAACCGAUGAGGUUUGGCAUGACGAUGUGUCACAGGAAGCCAUUGAAAACUGGCCCGAAGGGCCUUCUGACCCGCCAAGAAUGCUGCAUUUGGGCGCUGCUGGGCGGGUCAACACGUUUCACCCACCCGACGAUGAUAAUAUCUACAGCUUGGAACUCCGGGAACUUUUGAGCAGGAGGAGUGUUUCUAAUCUUCUUCGAAGUGGUUUUCGUGAGAGUUUGGACCAAUUGAUUCAAUCAUAUGUCAACCGACAAGGCCAUGCUCCCAUUGAGUGGGAUCUGUACCGACCGCCUGUUUCAAUAGAGGGCGACCAGGAGCACAGCCAGGAUGAACCGACUGAUCAGCAUUCGCAGGAUACGAUUGGUAGUAGACCUUCGUUGGUUCUUCCAUCGCCACCUGUACCCCCACCUCAACCGAUUUGGCAGCAUUUUCCUUAUUCUAGUUGGUCCCGUCACACGAUGCAUCGCUCUGAACUUGAGUGGGAGAUGAUUAACGAUUUGAGAGCUGACAUGGCGAGACUGCAACAAGGACUGAGCCAAAUGCAGAGGAUGCUAGAGGCUUGCAUGGACAUGCAACUCGAGCUUCAACGGUCUGUCAGACAGGAAGUUUCUGCUGCUUUGAAUCGAUCACAUGGUGAACAAGGUAUCGCUGCAGAAACUUCAAAAGAUGGAUCAAACUGGGGUCAAGUGAGGAAAGGAACCUGUUGUAUUUGUUGCGAUAACCGUAUUGAUUCUUUGUUGUACAGAUGUGGGCACAUGUGCAUGUGCUCAAAAUGUGCGAAUGAGUUGGUUCAUGGAGGAGGUAUAUGUCCGUUGUGCCGGGCGCCAAUUGUUGAGGUUAUCCGAGCUUACUCGAUACUGUAAACAGAUUACAAAUUGACUGAGGAAGAAGAUAAAAGAAAGUUCUUUGUGGUUGUUCUCAUCUGUAGAGUAUGUCAUUUUUGUCUCACUAUUUUUCUGAUUAUAUGUUGUAUGCAUUGUAUAAUUGGAAUAACAAUUGGCUCCUCACAAUUAAUUUAUUGAAUAAUAAAAUUCCACAUAUUUUUUUCUUUUUA